GAGGACGCGGGAAGUGGCACGCGGGACGUAUGCUGGGCGCGAGCCUCGGAGAAGGCGGGAAGCGAUUGCUGCUGCUGCUGCUGCUGCUGCUGGCCUUUCUCAACACUAGCUACCCCUGCCCCACCUGCCUGGCACGGAACUGGAGGCCGAAACUGGCAGGGAUAAAAGAAUGGCGAACUCCUUUUCAGCAGAGAACUUCAUUGCACUUUCAGAUCUCCGUCCAAAUCUGGCUCAUCCUAGUAUAAUCGGUAUGGUUAUUGGGAAAACAGAUGUCAAAGGCUUUCCAGACAGAAAAAAUAUUGGAUCAGAAAGGUACACUUUCAACUUCACCAUUCGAGAUUCGCCAACUCAUUUUAUAAAUGUAACAUCCUGGGGAAAGGAAGAUUAUAUUAAAUCACUUUCCAAAAGCUUUAGAGUUGGUGAGUGUGUGACAAUUGAAAAUCCAUUAGUGCAGACAAAGGAAAUAGAAAAAGAAGAAAAAUUCAAUCCUACAACUCCAAGUUCCUAUAAACUGUUGCUCAGUGAGAAUCAUUCUGUGGUCAGAGUUUGUUCCAGCUAUCAAGUGGACAUUAAGUUACUUUCCUUGUUGCAUUUACCCAUAAAAGAUUCUCAGGAUUACUAUUCACUGGGUGAUAUUGUUGCAAAUGGUCAGACUCUUGAUGGAAGAAUUAUUAAUGUGCUUGCAAUAGUAAGAUCGAUUGGAGAACCAAAAUACUUUACAACUUCAGACAGAAGAAAGGGUCAGAGAUGUGAAGUAAAGCUAUAUGAUGAAACAGAGUCUUCUUUUGCAAUGCUAUGCUGGGAUAAUGAAUCUAUUCUACUUGCACAGAGUUGGAUACCACGUGAAACAGUAAUAUUUGCCGCAGAUAUAAGAAUAAGUUUUGAUAAAUUUCGAAGCUGUAUGACUGCAACUGUCAUCUCGAAAACCAUUAUUACAGCUAAUCCAGACACACCAGAAGCUAAUAUCCUAUCAAACUUUGCACGAGAAAAUGCAGAAGCAACAGCUCUAGAUGAUGAAAUCGAGGCUCAAUUAAAAGAAUCCAUAAAUUUACAGACAAUAGUUGAUGUGUAUACAGUAGAACAAUUAAAGGCAGUAGCCUUGAAGAAUGAGGGAAAAACUUACCCUUUCUAUGGCAUCCUUUAUGCUUACAUUUCUACACUGAACAUUGAUAAUGAAACUGUGAAAAUAGCACGAAACAGAUGUUCAGGCUGUGGUUAUAUUGUAAGUGAGGCAUCCAGCACUUGUACAUCUCCAUUCUGCAACAAAGAUUCUUCAGGACAUAAAUCUGUAUUUCUCAGCUUUGAUUUGCUGAUUGACCUCACUGAUCACACAGGCACUCUUCAUUCCUGUAGCCUUACAGGAACUGUUGCUGAGGAAACUCUGGGCUUCACGGUUCAUGAAUUUCUUGCCCUAACAGAAGAACAGAAAACAACAAUAAAAUGGCAAUUUCUCUUGGAAAGAAGCAAAAUUUAUUUAAAAUUUGUGUUAUCACCCAAGGCAAGAGGUGGACUGAGAACCUACGUGCUUUCAUGUAAGCUUGCUGAUCCUAUUGAAGCCAGUAGGAUGUUGUCAGGAAAAAGUAAUACAUUAGAAAAUCUGAAAAGCUACUAAAAGUUUCACCUACUUUGAAAAAGGAAUAUGUUUUUUAAAAAGUGAAAAAAUAUUUGUUUUAAAAAAUAUUUAAAUUGUACUUUGUCCAAAUAUUAUUUCUUAUUAUUGUGGUAAAUUCUUAGGUUUCCCUCCUGUAGAUUAAACUCUUUGUUUAAGGCUAGUCUUUACAGGGUUGGACAGAGAGGAAAAUGGCCACAGAGCUCAUAUUCUCUGAAAUUCUGUCUACUGGUUUAGGUACCAUAUUUCUUCCAAAGGGCAUAUUCACUAAAUUGGAACAUGUUCAUUAAUAUUAAUAAACCUUACUGAUCUUUCCUACCAG